UCAAGAUGGCGAUAAAUAUCAAUAAUAUGACCACCGGGGCCCCCAACAUCAAUGCAAUUUCUCCAGAUAACGCCACAGACUAUCACACCACCUGCUUUCGACCUGAAAAUGCUGAAUGGGUUUUCGACUACCAGCCAAUCUACAUGUGGUUCAUCUUCGUCUUGGGCUUUAUAGAAAACUUGUUCGUCAUCUCCAUCUUUAUCCUUCAUAAGAGUCGCUGCACAGUGGCCGAGAUCUACCUGGGGAAUAUGGCGGCUGCCGAUCUGAUUUUUGUCAGCGGCCUACCUUUCUGGGCUAUAUAUAUCUCCAACAGAUUCUACUGGCCAUUCGGAGGCUUCAUGUGUGUGGCUGUCAACUCCUUCAUUCAGCUCAACUUUUACAGCAGCAUCUACUUCCUUAUGAUGGUCAGUAUUGACCGAUAUCUGGCUCUGGUGAAGACCAUGUCGUUUGGCCGGAUGAGAAGACCCUGGUGCGCCAAAGUGACCUGUGCAAUCAUCUGGACAUUUGCAAUAGCAGUCAGCCUGCCCAAGGUGGUGUUCCGAAGGGUGGUCUUUAUUGAAAGCUUUAAUACUACAGCCUGUAUCAUCAUGGCCCCUAGUGACACCUGGCACAUUGUCACUAAUAUCAUUGCAAACAUUGUUGGCUUUGUGAUCCCGGUAAUAGUCAUUGCCUUCUGCACUUUCCAGAUUAUCGGUGUCCUACGGAACAAUGCCAUGCAGCAAUUCAAGGAGAUUAACAACGAGAAGAAGGCCACAUGGUUGGUGUUGUCAGUGCUGCUGGUCUUCAUCAUCUGCUGGCUUCCAUUUCACAUCUUCACCUUCUUGGACACAUUGGACCUACUCCAAUACUUCACCAGCUGUGCUGCGGCCAUGGCUAUCGAGAUUGGCAACCAGAUUUCUUCCUACAUUGCUUUUAGCAACAGCUGCAUCAACCCGCUACUCUACGUCAUAGUUGGCAACCAUUUCCGGAGGAAGGCCAAGGAAGUCUACCAGCACCAUCUAACAAGGUUCAAGUCUCAGAAAAACAUGUCAUUGCCAAUGAACUACUCAGGAGUCACCGCACGGACCUCGAUUUCCAUGGGUCAGCAAAAUCUGAUCAGGCAAUGAAAUGCGUCUGGCUGUGGAGUGACGUAAUUGUCUGGAGGCUCAGUGACUACAAAACACAUCUUGGAAUAAGCUGCCGUUAUUUAUUUUGGCCCUGUUUAUAGGUUCCCAAUGCUUUUCGCACUGACUUGCAUUUUUGUUUGGGCUACCGCAUAUAGUAGGACACUGGUACGUCCCAGUUGGGGGGGAAAAGGUGUAUUUAUGGGUUUUUUUUUAUUAGCUACGGACUGGGACACGCGAUACCACACUAGGAAUAUUAUUGCUUGCCAGAUCUGUGAAAAUUACGAACAGACCCAUUUUUUGGGGACAGUAAUGUUUUUCCAUUAAAGCGAUGGGUAUAGGAAUUGGAUGAGUGGGCUGUGAGGUGGGUGUAGGCGUAUGUACAUAUGGGGAGAGAUUCAUAAAGAAUCUUAAAGAAAAUUUAACCAG